AUGAGGUUGAUGCUGCUCUGCUGCUCCUGGAAGGACGAACGCAUGGGAGAGGAGGAAGCUGGAGGAGGCUUGCCCGUGUGUGCGGGAUGCAAACAGAGGAUCUAUGACGAGCAGUACCUCCAGGCGCUCAACUGUGACUGGCACACCGUCUGUUUCAGGUGUUGUGAGUGCAACGCCUCACUGUCCCACUGGUAUUAUGAAAAGGAUGGACGGCUGUUCUGCAAGAGGGACUACUGGGCCAAAUUUGGGGAGCUGUGCCACGGCUGCAAUGAUCCAAUCACCACCGGCCUCAUCAUGGUUGCAGGAGAACAAAAGUAUCACCCCGAAUGCUUCAGCUGCCUGAACUGCCGGGCGUUCAUUGGUGAUGGAGACACUGGCCACUGUUACUACCAGACCAUUGUGACCCCGGUAUCCCAGCCGGACUCGCCAUGCUCCCGGAUCCCACACACCGUCACCCUGGUGUCCAUCCCGGCCUCAGCAGAGGGAAGCAACGGAUACAAAGGGCGAGGCUUCUCCGUGGCUAUCGAUGAGCCGCUCAGCCCCACCAACGGCUACAGCACCGAGAAUGGACCCACUGUCAGAGUAUCCCAAGUGGAUGCUGACUGCAUCAGUCCAGAUGUGAAAAACUCCAUUCAUGUUGGAGACAGGAUCCUGGAAAUCAACGGGACGCCCAUUCAUAACGUCCCUCUGGAUGAGAUUGACCUGCUGAUCCAGGAGACGAGUCGGCUGCUACAGCUCACCAUUGAGCACGAUCCUCAUGCUCUGAAGCAGGACGGAGGCUCGUCAGAGGCUGAGAAACAGGUCGAUGGCCCCCUGUCACAGGAUCCCAGCCCCACCGUGCCCAUCACUCAACCCCCAAAUCCAGACAUCAGCAACCUGAGAUCCCGCAUCAUCACGAGGAGUUGCAGCAUUGAUAAGUCGCCAGGCUCCAGCAACGCAGCGUCGCCCAUCUCCCAGAGGAAAGAGAUCAAUCGAUCGGAGUCACUCAGGGUUGUCUCCAAUCCGACACACCGCAUCUUCCGUCCUUCUGACCUCAUCCACGGAGAGGUCCUCGGGAAGGGGUGCUUCGGACAGGCUAUCAAGGUGACCCACAAGGAGACAGGAGAGGUGAUGGUGAUGAAGGAGUUAAUUCGCUUUGAUGAUGAAACACAAAGGACAUUCCUGAAAGAAGUGAAGGUGAUGCGCUGCCUGGAUCACCCAAACGUGCUCAAAUUUAUUGGAGUUCUCUACAAAGACAAAAGACUCAACUUCAUCGCAGAGUACAUAAAGGGAGGAACCUUGAGGGAAACCAUCAAGAAAAUGGACAUUAACUACCCCUGGAACCUGCGGGUCAGCUUCGCUAAGGAUAUUGCUUCUGGGAUGGACAACACAGUGGUGGUUGCAGACUUUGGCCUGGCUCGGCUCAUGGUGGUUGACAAGCAUGAGGAGAAGCUGUCUCAGGGAAAACUGCCGGGUCUGAAGAGGCAUGACCGCAGGAAGAGGUACACUGUGGUGGGAAACCCUUACUGGAUGGCACCUGAGAUGAUCCACGGAAAGAGCUACGAUGAGAGAGUGGACAUCUUUUCCUUUGGUAUUAUGCUUUGUGAGAUCAUUGGCCGGGUGAACGCUGACCCAGACUACCUCCCCAGGGCCACAGACUUUGGUCUGAACAUUUCUGGUUUCCUGGAGCACUACUGUCCCUCUGAUUGCCCUCAAGCUUUUUUUCCUGUUGCUGCUGUGUCCUGCGACCUUGAUGCAGACAAACGACCUGCUUUCUCCAAACUGGAGGAGUGGCUGGAGAAUCUAAAGAUGCAUUUGGACAUUGGUCUGCCCCUGCUGUCUGAACUGGACCAGCUGCACACGGCUUUCUGGGAAAACCACAGAAUCACACACCCUGAGAACGGCUUGCACCCUCACCCCGAGCAGCCAGAAUAAGGCUGGAAGCGGGAAGCUGGACGAGCGAGAAGGUGGAGUUAAGCCCACUGGGGGGGGGCACCAAUCGCCUGACUCAGGUGGCGCCACCGAACAGGAGGAGCUGUCUAAAUCCCUCUACAGAUUUGAAGCAAAUUACGACGCGCAGAAAGGCCAACUCAGACUUAAGAAGUAGACUCAGGGGGAAAAUGUGGAUGUAAAAAGCCACUUGUGUGAGAUUCACACAUCUGAUUCUGCUGCACCUGAAGCUAAAGUGGAAAAAGUCAUAUGCAAUCAGACACAACUUUUAAAUCAUGUAGAUUUAGCAAAAGUAGUCCCACCAGUAAAGAAUAUUUACUGUGCUUACUGUAGUGUGUAGACUCACAUUGAAAAAAUACUUUAAAAAGAUUAGCAAAGCAAACUUUAAGCAGCCUCUCUUGGGGCCUCCAGAGAGUACAUUGUUCAGUCGGUGUUUGCAGGUGUUGCUGUGUGUUUGGUUUUGCUCUUGGUUUAAAACUCAGAUCUGAGCGUACGAAAAGAUAUGUUUUAUAUCAACUUGCUUAAGUGAAACAAAACCUGUCCAGCUUUAAGUAUCUCACUGAAGAGUGCAUGACUGUCAAUAAUGCUGUUGGGUAAAAUCCUGGCUCCCCGUGUCCCUCUGACCUCAUUCGGUUAAAAACCACUAAUCUGCACGACGCUGCCCGUCUCCCGUAUUUCCGCGUAGCACUGUCUUCACAUUAGGCACACAUCUUUAGCAUAAAUUUGAUACGUUUUCUCUCAGUUUUAAGAGCUGUUAGCGUAUCUUACUCUCUUUACCAUCCAAUCAUUCAGUGUACAUAGCCUGCAACGAUGUAAAUGUUUUAAAUAUUGUAAAUGUACAGACAUAUUUUAUAUACGUAUGCGGCAUUGCCAUAUUUUUUAUUGGCUCACCAGUUGGAAAGGAAAGUAAAGGUGUGACAGCAAUUUAAAAAGCACCAUGGCUAAACUUUCUUUUGAGUUGAGGUUACUUUUAGUUUUAACAUUUUAGUUGUGAAGAUCCGUGGCACCAUAAAUCAACCUAGAAGGUCAAACUGAAUUCAAUAAACAUCCAAUUCUCCAAGCAACUUCUUUCAAUUGGUCCUUAAAGUUUUCAUGUUGCCAGAUAUGUUAAAUACACUUCACAUCCAAGUGGUCACAUGCCCCUUUAAACUUAUUGAAACAAAAGCUAUAUUUUAUUAACAACUCUCCUUACAACCCUUUUCCGUCCAUAGUUCAUCUUCAACUAUGUCACAACAACAGAUCAACUAAACGAAACUAACAUAAAGGGGGUUACCAUUACCAUCCCUUAUGAGAGAACUAGAUUCCAUCCCCUU